AUGUGUACCGCAAGUUUAGAAGCAAGAUGUCUUAGAAUAUGCGACGCUGUAUCGGGCGUUUUCUACAGCGCCCUUGCAUACUCCGUACGGCGGCUGUGUGAAGACGUGCAGGGAGCGGCGUGCAUGUACGGAUACAUCGAUCCAGAUUCCGCAGCUGCUCCAGAUGGGAAAAACAAGGGGGGAAAUAUUCUUCGGAGUAGUGAGCGGUCAAAUGAAGCGUCAGAACCUAUUCGGAUCAUUGGUGAAACACCACCAAGCAGAACACUGAACUCCACGAAGCAUUUACUUGCGACAGGACUGCGGCUGUGUAGGUCCUCCUUUGUAGUGGGGGCUUCCUACACGACUAUUGCAUCAGUGUCCGCUGUUGGGGUAACUAUUGUGUUUUCUUGGGGCCGAAAUGCGCUUCUACUUCUUGCUGCGUUAGCGAUUCUGGCGUUUUGCGUAACAACGAGUUGCUUCAUUGCUUGGGUGAAGCUCAAUCUCUUGGUGCAUCGCUCUUCGAAGACAAUCCACCGGCUGCUUGAUGACAUGCAUCUUCAACACAGAUUUGCGGGAGAAACAGCGAGAUGGGUUCGGGAACUUGAAGUUACCUUCAGCGUUUUUAGGGGUUCUCUCACCAUGCCAAAGCAGACAGCCGCAAGUGUCUCCGUGUCUAUGUCGCCGACUACAAGUGGCCAAGAUCAAACAGGGAAAGGCUCCGCAGAAGAGCCUCCUGAAAAGAUGACUACCCCGUCAAAUAGAGGAGAUUUACCUUUCAUAAGUAAAGCUCCUCCACACGAUGGUGGCACGCAGUUGCAGUGCAAACGAGCGCCUACGAGCUUUGGAGAAGCACCUGCUGGGCAGCUGAGGAUGCGCCUUCACCAGGUGCUCGAUUGGCAGCAGCGUGCUUUCUGCUACUUGUACGAAGAUAUCAUCAGGCCAAGUCAGGGCUGUCAGGCUUCUUGGCAAGACCACAUUUCUCGGGGGCCUUGGGGAUGUGCGAAGGAAACGAAUUUUUAUGCUCACAGCUUUGAUGGAAGCCUCAGGGCUUUGAAAGAAAUGACAGCCAAAAGCUGGCACUCACAUUCGAGACUGUGCGUUGGACUCCAAGUUGCAUUGAGGCACUUGCUUUUCUCUCUGAAACUUCGACUAUGUCGGACUGACUUGUGCAGAGCCCGAAGCACUGAUAACCCCAUUAUUGCUGCCGUAUCAAGUGGGAAGCCAACGCGACAUGCAAGCCGCGCCCUUCGGCAGGCAUUAUUGGGACAACAGCAUCACAGUAAUGCUGGAAGUUGCACGCUAUCGCUUGCUGAUGAGAUAGAAAAUGCGAAACUAGGGAGAGAUGGGGACACCGAGGAGCAGCCAUGUGGGAGCACCAGCGUUGGGCUUCGCGAAAACCGCCAGGCUUCACUGAUUGCUGCUGUUCACGAGAAAAGGCAGAUAAAUGAGCAGAGAGUUCCUGUAUGCACAGCUGCGGAUACGAAAACGGACGAACUCCUGUUCUCAGAAGGAGCCUGGAGUUGGAAACUCUUCAGAGUUGCAGCACUGCGGGUCGCCGGUGGAUGCGACCUGGUGAUGACGGCGGCGAAUGGAAUACGAACGUCCUGGUGGCUUUUGCAACGCCUCGAUCGGCUUGGAAGUGCUCUAUCUGCUGCUGAACGGGUCUGUUCAGUGGCAGCCAACGCGCUGAGGACAAGUUUGGAAGAAGACUGGGCAUGUUGUCCAAUUCUACUGCCGCAUCCCCGUUGGGACACGGCAAUGCACAUGCCUGGGGAAGACAACAGCAGGAGCGCUGGUGCCGACGCAAGCAUUCCUAAACUGAUGCACAUGUCGGUUUCCCCUCCAGGUGUCGCGUACCAGCCAAUGAACUUUCUGUGCAUAGCUGCGUCAUACGAGCAUCGAUCUGCACUCGCCUCGAUGAGCCGUAACAUUGCCGCAUGCCUCGCUAUUCUUCGCCUUUCUGCAGCUGCAUGCUACGUUCGCUGCAACCACUUGGGCUCCAGGUCGCAUCAAAAAGAGCAUAAGAGCGAAGACGAGAAAUGCACAUCGACAAUGACUGAAGAGGGAAGGGAGGAAGUAAGCGCCAACUUGUCUGCAGUUGUGCACCUAACUCUUCGGCACCUCCGCGUCGCAUUUGAGGAGGGGAAGAAGCUGGAGCAAUCGAUGCGGCCAACAAGAGGAAACGCUGAGGUAUUGAAAACCGGCGGCCCCGCAUUCAUCCCAAGUAAUGCUAGUAUCACAUCACCAGUAGCUGACAAGACACAUGAGGAGAUAAGUACAGUGCCCAAGCCAAAAGAUCCUGAGCCUGCGCAGUGCCUUGAAGUGUUCACAGCUGUGGGACAGGAUUCUACGAACAAUCAGCGCAAGUUUGAAGAGGAAGAUGUGCUACUGGCAGCUUUUGCAGAAGACGAUCCCGCCGUGCGUGAGCGCAGUCGAAUAACUUUGGAGGAGCUCGAGAUAAAGCUAAAAAACAAAAAGGAGCGCGGAGUCGCACCACGAGUGUUGAAGGAACUUUCAAUUAUUGAUGUUGAUAACGCAGGCGACCACAACUGCGAAAAUAACGAGGAGAGGGAAAUCAAGCGCAUUGUGAAACAAUACAGCACGGAAGCAGCCGACACAUCUAUUGAACAGUCCGUCUGCGAAUUCCCAAAGUGCAUUUCACAAGGAGAUGAUGCGCGUGACAAGGAGAAAAAGGUAUCAAGUGCUGAGGACGAUACGAGGCUGAGUGUGGUCAAACAGGAAGCAGGGAGCAUAUUAAUGCGUGCAAACAGCGCCGUUCCGAAGACUUUAAGCCAGUCAGAGGAGCAUGGCUUUUUUCGGAACGUGAGCUGGUUGGAUGAUGAACACCUAAUGCAUAGAUGCCGCGGGAAAAAACGUGAAAGCGUACCACUUACUCCAGAAGCUGCGGCAGCUAAUUCCGUCAUUUCACAACUCCAGAGUGCUCUUAAGGUGCAAACUAUUGGUUCCCGAGGAGCAAGGGACUUGCUGCGCUUUGCUGAGUCAUCAUUGGAGACCCGUGAUAGACAUCAGGAGCCAGGCAGUAAGGUUAGCUUAGAUGGCGAAUGCCCCACGACUUUCGGUGAUGACAUCGCUGAUGACGAGUGGGAUGCAUGCGAUGUUGUUAAGGGAGCUAAUUAUGCUGCAGAAGCUCCGACGUGGGUGGCAGCUUGUUCAGAGUCGCCGGACAGUGCAACAGGUUCUGUUAAGGAGAAGAAGAACAGUGCAGAUUGGCAAGUAUAUAAACUUGCAGAGGGAUAG